ACUGCACGAUGAUUUGCAAUUUUCAUCGCUCGUGGAGCGCACCUUCCAUUAAAGCCUGGUACGAGUUAAAAAUCUUCGAAACAAGUUAAUUACAAAAUGCAAGCACUAAUUGUAACAAUAUAAUGUGAUAUAUAUUAGUGUUUGUUACAUAAGCACGAGAGUAUACACGCGCCAACAUCUUUUGGCAUGCAGACAAAGCAAGAGCCAACAGGAACACUUGGCUACUCCUAGAUAAGAUUGAAGGAGGGUCACUGACUCACUGCACACUCGCUUAGUGAUUGUUUCAAUAGAACUAGUUAGAGGAGUAAGCAAUGCAAUGCAUAGUGUUUUUCUCAUUCGCUCAUGCUUUUGAAGCUUGCCAUCUCAACCGCACCCGCAGCAGCCACCAUCUUUAAAGCUGUUCUUAGCAAAGGAGUUUCACUAAACAUGGCGCACAAACUUGUUCAAGUGACUUUGUGUUUGUGGGUUUUUACAAGCUUACUUCUCCCCUCUCCCACUGCUGCCCUAUACCGGGUCAGUUUGAAGAAACAAAGAUUGAAUCUUAAUAGAUUUAAGGCUGCUAGAAUUGCAAUGAAUGGAUGGGGUAUGCUUCAUAACUAUGGAAGUUCAGAUGGAGAAGUAAUACCUCUGAAAAACUACAUGGAUGCCCAAUAUUAUGGAGUGAUAGCCAUUGGCUCACCUCCACAAAACUUCACCGUCUUAUUUGACACUGGCAGUUCCAAUCUGUGGGUUCCUUCUUCCAAGUGCUACUUCUCUAUUGCUUGCUAUUUCCAUUCAAAGUACAAGUCUAGCCGGUCAAGUACAUACACAAAGAUUGGAAAACCUUGUGAAAUAAAUUAUGGGUCUGGAUCAAUAUCUGGCUUCUUCAGUCAAGACAAUGUUGAAGUUGGGGGUGUUGCCGUCAGGGAUCAAGUUUUCGUUGAGGCUACCAGAGAAGGAAGUUUCCCUACAUUUGUUUUGGCAAAGUUUGAUGGAAUCCUUGGGCUUGGAUUCCAGGAGAUUUCAGUGGGGAAUGCUACUCCAGUGUGGUACAAUAUGUUGAACCAAGAUGUUGUAAGAGAGGACGUGUUUUCAUUCUGGCUCAACAGGGAUCCCUCGGCCAAUGAGGGAGGAGAACUUGUUUUUGGCGGUGUUGACCCUAAACACUAUAAGGGCAAGCAUACUUAUGUUCCUGUUACUCGAAAAGGCUACUGGCAGUUUGAUAUGGGGGACUUUCUCAUUGGAAACAAUUCCACAGGUGUUUGUGAGGGAGGUUGUGCUGCUAUUGUGGAUUCUGGAACAUCCUUACUAGCUGGCCCCACGGCAGUUGUUACUGAAAUCAAUCAUGCCAUUGGAGCUGAAGGUGUGGUUAGUGCUGAAUGUAAAGAAGUUGUCUCUCAAUAUGGGGACCUAAUAUGGCAGCUCUUAGUAUCAGGGGUACAACCAGACAAAGUCUGUACUCAGAUUGGCUUAUGUGUUUUAAAUGGGACUCGCUAUAUGAGCAGUGGAAUUAAAAUAGUGGUUGAGAAGGAAAACAUGGAGGAGUUGUCAGCUCGGGACCGACUGUUGUGCACCACCUGUCAGAUGACUGUUUUUUGGAUUCAGAGUCAGCUUAAACAAAAGGGCACGAAAGACACAGUUCUCAACUACGUGAAUGAGCUAUGCCAGAGCCUACCAAGUCCAAUGGGAGAAUCAGUAAUUGACUGUGCUAGGAUUUCAUUGAUGCCAGAUAUUACAUUCAUAAUAGGAGACAAACCUUUUAAGCUUACUCCGGACCAGUAUAUUGUGAAGAUGGGAGAAGGUCUUACCACAGUGUGUGUGAGUGGAUUUAUGGCUCUGGAUGUCUCCCCACCAAGAGGUCCUCUAUGGAUUCUUGGAGAUGUAUUCAUGGGGGUAUAUCAUACCGUAUUUGACUAUGGUAAUCUUGAAAUUGGUUUUGCAGAAGCUGCUUAGUUUCCCAUUAUUCUGAUUCUGUGUGUGACCAUUUAUAUACAUGGUGAUAAUCGUUGCUUCUGUUCUGUGGCAGCAAACAAUAUAUAUAGAAUGUAUUUUUUGCUCUUAACCUAUGCAAGCUUGUAGUACUACUCUAUAUGUUUUAUCUUGUUGGUUUUAUGUCAUGCUUUGGGCUGUGGCUCCAAUUCCAAUAUAUAUACCCUCUAUUGCGUUGCAA